CUUUCCUUUGGCACAACGACUACAGUGCAACUAUAUGAUCAGAAGUAGAACCAGGGCUAAGUUCUUUCUACUUCCCUGGACCUACUUCUGUGCGCCCAACCCUAGCACGCAGCGGUUUCAUCUAUCCGCAGCGAUGUCUGGGUACGAUUACCAGGGUUACGGCGAUGGUGGUGGUGGUGGGGGAGGAUAUGGAGGGGGAGGAGGCGGCGGGCCUUUAUGAUUAUCCUCUUUUCUUUCUAAGAUGCCUACAAAUCAGAUUUUUAAGAACCCUGCUAAUCGUUAAGUGUUCCUGUGCCUUUAUGAUGUCUUUAUGCCUUCCAAACACGCAAUUGUACCCGCUAUUGGCACGGUGCGCGAUCCGCGGCCGAUCCGCGCAGGGGGAGGACGCGGAGGGGGCGGCGGACGAGGCGGAGGUCGAGGCGACGGUGAUUGGCUGUGCCCAAACCCAUCGUACGGACCGAUCUUAGCUUCUUAGUACCACCCACCACCUCCAAUGCCGGUCUUGGCUCGAAUCUGUAACGUGGUGUUCGCUGGUGUUCGCAUCGCUAUGGCGAUUGUCGCAUGGGCUUGGCGCGAGGUUUUGGGUUGGUUGGUGGUCUGCUCGAAUUGUCUCAAACUUUUUAUUCAGGUGUGGCAACAACAACUUCGCACGUCGGUCGGAGUGUAACCGCUGCGGCACCGCGCGCCCUGCCGGAGUUGGGGGAGGCGGGGGGGGCGGAGGCGGAGACUACGGCGGAGGCGGAGGGUUUGGCGGAGGGGGCGGGCGCGGCGCCCCGCCACCCCGCCCAGGCGACUGGGAUUGCCCGGGUUGCGGAAACAACAACUUUGCCCGCCGCGCGGAGUGCUUCAAGUGCGGAACCGCCCGCCCCGCCGACGCGGGCGGUGGUGGCGGUGGCGGCGGUGGUCGCGGGGGCUACGGGCGGGAGGGGGAGGAUCGGCGGAGGGGGGGCGCCGGGGGUGAAGCAAUGUGACGAGAACUGCCCCCCGGAGUGUGACAACGCGCGGAUUUAUAUUUCCGGGCUGCCCAAGGACGUAACUGUUGACGAGCUGGUCAACCUGUUCGGCGGCAUUGGGAUGAUCGCCCGUAUCAAGCAGAAGCGCGGGUACAAGGACCAGUGGCCGUACAACGUGAAGCUGUACACGGACGAGAGGGGACAGAACAAGGGCGAUGGAGUGUUGACCUAUGAGGACCCCCAGGCGGCUCACAGCGCGGGCGGCUUCUUCAACGGCCACACCGUGCGCGGCAGCACCAUCAAAGUGAGCAUGGCGGAGAAGUCAGCUCCACGGCCCGGAGGAGGGGGGGGGCGAGGAGGAGGCGGAUUCAGAGGAGGUCGAGGCGGAUUUAGAGGGGGAGGGGGGCCUGACCGCAGGGACUUCGACAGGGGGAGGCCUCGCCCCUAUUGACCCCCUCGCCCCUAUUGACCCCCUCGCUCCUGUUGACUCCCUCGCCCCCUCGUCCCUUUCUUGUCACGGCUACCUACUUAAACUACCUACCAGUUGAGGUCCACGCAUUGAUUUUUCAGAGGCCUUCAGGGCCGGCUUUGCUCGUCUAGUUUAGAGUGUUAACGUAGAAACGAAUGAUUACUAGAGGUGGAAACCUAGAACAAAUACUAGUUGGUUGUACUCACUAGAAGCAUACCUCAGUCUAGCCUAUAACUUCUACAUAGAUAA